AUGGCGCUGGCACUGGAGGAAGUGUGGGGCAGAGUAAAGAACGUCUGCAAGCAGAACGGACUGCUCAUCCUGUCGGUGCUGGCCGUGGUCAUCGGCUGCCUGUUGGGCUUCUUCCUGAGAGGCAAGCAGCUCUCCGAGCAGGAGGUGAAGUAUUUUCAGUUUCCUGGAGAGCUGCUGAUGAGGAUGCUGAAGAUGUUAAUUUUGCCUCUGGUUGUGUCCAGCAACAUGUUUCCAGCCAACCUGGUUCAAGCUACAUUUCAACAGUAUCGAACGCAGCGAGUCGCAGAACUCAUCCCAAAACCAACAGUGGCUCAGCUCUUGGAUGAGACCACCACACGUCGGGUCUACAUUUACGGUGUCCAGGAUGACAACGGAACAGACAUCCAGAACUUCUCCCUAGACCUGACGCCCCCUCCUGAUGUCAUUGUGAAGACGUCACCUGGAACCAGUGAGGGCAUGAAUGUGCUGGGAAUUGUUAUCUUUUCUGCAACUAUGGGAAUAAUGCUGGGAAGAAUGGGGCCUAACGGAAGUGCUUUGGUCAACUUCUGCCAGAGUUUGAAUGAAGCGGUUCUGAAGAUUGUUGCCAUUGUCAUUUGGUACUUUCCUUUUGGUAUUGUGUUCCUGGUUGCUGGGAAGAUCUUGGAGAUGGAUGACCCUUCAGCCAUGGGAAAGAAGUUGGGCUUUUAUGCCAUCACUGUGGUAAUGGGCUUGGUGCUUCAUGGCCUAUUUAUUCUCCCAGCCAUGUAUUUCUUCAUUACCAAGAAGAGCCCCAUAGUGUACAUCAGAGGCAUUCUACAGGCAUUGCUCAUCUCCUUGGCCACCUCCUCCAGCUCUGCCACUCUGCCUAUCACCUUUAAGUGCCUCCUGGAAAACAACCACAUCGACAGACGCAUCAUUCGCUUUGUGCUGCCCGUCGGGGCCACCAUCAACAUGGAUGGCACUGCACUCUAUGAGGCCGUGGCAGCCAUCUUCAUCGCCCAAGUGAAUAACUAUGAGCUUGACUUUGGGCAGAUCAUCACCAUCAGCAUCACCGCUACAGCUGCCAGCAUCGGAGCAGCUGGAAUCCCACAGGCUGGACUCGUUACCAUGGUGAUUGUGUUGACCUCUGUGGGUCUGCCCACUGAUGACAUCACGCUCAUCAUUGCAGUUGAUUGGGCUUUGGAUCGAUUCAGGACCAUGGUCAAUGUGAUGGGUGACGCUCUGGCUACAGGCAUCAUGGCUCAUAUCUGCAGAAAAGAUUUUGUCAAAGAGGGAGAGCAGGUGCCUCUGAUAUGUGAAACCAAACCCAUGAUAAGCAUCCAGCAGAUGAUGACGUACCAGAACCAGAAGAACGGCUGCUACCAGCCUCCACCGGGCAGCAAGCAGGACCACCUCACACCUGAAGUGGCCCGUCUGAUCCAGCUGGAGGAGGGGAUUCGGCCAGUGGAGAAGAAGAAGCAUGCUCAUGGGCCUCAUCACAAGCGAGAGCACAGAGACAAGGACCACUGUUCUGUGGACAUGAACGGGUUGGAGACAAAUGUAUAAAAGCAGUUGCUCGACCAGUAGAAACUGGUCCAUGCACAACUGCUGAUCUACGGGACGACGUAUUAAAGAGCCAAGAAUACCUCUUUAUGUUCACAUGAUCCUCCCCUCCGAGAAAGGAGACAA